GCGCCGCGCAUGAAGAAAGGCCACCUCAAGGCGCCAUGUCGUCCACGCUGUCACAGUCGUGACCGCGCAACAUGGCUGUAGAUGGAGGGUCUACCGAACGCGGGGGAGGCGAGGUGGCCCAGCAAGAAGCGCGCGUGGCGAGUGCUGGUGCAGGCGCGGGGUCCUCGGGCAAUGUCGCUGUCGUGGCGGGGGUGAGAGAGGAGGUUCUUGUUGUGGAGCGGGAGGUUGCGCGCGGCGAGAAUAAGGGCGAAAGAGAGGACGACGACCCCUUUUUAAGCCGGGAGUGGAGGGGAGGGUUGGCGAGAGAUCUUGCCGCCCGUGCCCGCCUGUGGGUCGAUGACAAAGCGUUCUGGACAACGGGGGAGGCGCGCCGGCUCUACGACAUCGUCCACCGAACGCGGGAGCACUUCGAGGCCAUCGCCAGCGGGGUGCAAGCGCCCGUCGUGUCCAGGAGCGUCGUCAUGCCGAAAUCCGCGACGACCCUCACGAGGAUUGUUGAUCCCGCUCAACUACAGCAAGCGAUCAUCCGUGGGGGGGCUGCAGAGAACAUAGUUCUGCGCGUCUUGUAUGGGUGGGUGUUCAAGUCAGGGAACCGCCCCCGCGGAUACAAUCUCGCUUUCCAGUACGCGUUGGAGUCGGUGGCGACGGACCUUGCGCGCGUUAUGUGGUACGGCGAGGAGUGGAGCAACGUGGUGAGCGCGCCCGUUUGCUCGCACACGAUCGACCUCAAUAUGGACUUGCCACUGUGGUUUGCGGGGGUGAACAUCGAUGACAGGCCGGAGGACGACGACAUGGCUGCGUACCAGGAGUCGACCGUCGUGUGCGUCGCGUAUGCAUUUCGUGCCGCCGUGCAAAUGGGUGGCAGCGUCGAUGGCGGGUUCAUAUCGCACGAUCAUCUGUCGAGGAUCGUGGAUUGCUUCAGGCUGUUGUUGGCUGCCUGCAUGUGGUUGAUGCGCAUGGCGGGAGACGAUCAUCGUAGCCACUACGAAGCCGUCUACUUCGUGCAGCUGGUCGUGAAGCCCACGCUGAUCGCGUCCAUGCAUCGCGCCUUCGAUCAUCGAAGGUCCGUCAUCCGAGCGACGAACGUCGUCACGGAGAUUGGGGAAGGCGAACGCCACCUUAGGAGAGUACCCGAAGCACAUCCCCGAUUGGGCUUCGUGCGGCAUCACGUUCGGCCAUGACGCAAGCAUCACGGGGCCAGAGGACGCGAAGAAGAGGGAUUGGUUGGGUUCGGGCCCCUUGGAGGAGGACGGUGACGACAAUGGCGAAAACGACGCGU